GCAACAUAAAUUGUAAAGUGCCGGAACGAAAAAGCGCUCGGGAGGAAAUGCUGCUGGGAAGUAACUUACAGUUUUCUCGGUGGACUUUCUUCAAACACCUUCCGACACGAAAAUUCAAAAUAACAACACUGUGUCAGAACAAAUCCGUAGCCACUCUCUGCCACUUCGAAACGCUAACCUCCCACCAGAAACAUCAGAUUCAUCUCUACGUCGACACUCUUCUUCAAUGGAACAAGCGCAUGAAUCUCACUGCUGUUAGAGAGGUGAAUGAUGUGAUGGAAAGGCACGUGGAGGACUCCCUCGCGAUUUUGCCUCCGCUCAGCGAUUGUUACCGCUCGCACUGCGGCUCUUCUUGCGAUAAGUUGAGUCUCGUCGAUGUUGGAAGUGGCGCUGGCCUUCCAGGAGUAGUUUUGGCCAUAGCUCGCCCAGAGUGGGAUGUAACGCUGAUGGAGUCUAUGAACAAGAGAUGCGUCUUCUUGGAGCACGUCGUUGGUGUUAUCGGUUCCUCAAACGUUAAAAUUGUAAGAGGAAGAGCAGAGAAUUUAGGGCAGAAUCCUUGCUUCAGAGAGCAAUUUGAUGUAGCAGUGGCCAGGGCAGUUGCAGAAAUGAGAAUAUUGGUGUUUGCUUUCUAUUUUUCAUUUCCAGCUGAAUACUGUCUUCCUUUGGUUCGUGUUGGUGGGUUGUUUAUAGCUGCCAAGGGUCAUGAUCCUAAGGAUGAAAUUAAGAAAGCUGAAAGUGCCAUCCAGAAGGUGGGUGCAUCUCUAUUGCAAGUUUGCUCAGUGGAAUCGCAAAGCCCAUAUGGUCAGCGAACUGCUGUCAUAUGUUCAAAGGAUCGUCCUACCCCAUUGAAAUAUCCCCGUGAUCCAGGUACACCAGCUAAAGAACCAUUGUAGCUAAACUGAUGCUAAUUCUGUUGGCUGUGUUUUGUUAUUUUUAUUAGCCAAUCCCAUCACUCUUUGAACCAACGAGAAUCAUUUAAAUUUGCUACCAAGAGGGGCUUGUAGUAUACAACAGUUUAUAUAUAUAAGGUGCUUCCAGUGUUAGAUUUUCAGUU